ACUCCUGUCCUGCGAAUGAACCACACCGCACGGCUCACGUCGACCAGACCACUCCUGAAAAGCAAGCGAAUUGAAAUGGCGCCAAGUUCGCCGCGCCUCCUCGUGGCCGUGGUGGCGGCGCUUCUACACGCCGCCGCCGCCGUGGCAGCCGGCAACGGAGGGCCCCUGACGCGCUACGAUCGUGUUUUCAGCUUUGGCGACUCCCUCACCGACACCGGGAACGCGCUGCACCUCUCAGCAACCGCCGGCGGACCAGCGAGCCGUCCGCCGUACGGCGAGACUUUCUUCCGUCGCCCUACCGGCCGCUCCUCCGACGGCCGCCUCGUCAUCGACUUCCUCGUCGAGGCGCUGGGCGUACCUCACCCGACGCCGUACCUCGCCGGCAAGACGGCGGCGGAUUUCCGGCGCGGCGUGAACUUCGCGUUCGGCGGGGCGACGGCGCUCGACCUGCACUUCUUCGAGAGCAGAGGAUUGAUGUCGUUCGUGCCGGUUUCGCUUAGGAACCAGACCGUCUGGUUCAACGACGUUGUACGACGUGUUGGCGCAGAGCCAGAGCAGAGGAAGAGCAUGGCCACCUCCGUCUUCCUCGUCGGAGAGAUCGGAGUCAACGACUACUUCAUCGGCCUCAACGAGAACCGCACCGUCGGCGAGGUGCACACCUUCGUGCCUCACGUCGUCAGUGCCAUCCGUUCGGUCAUCACCGACGUGAUCGCCGCCGGAGCAAGCACGGUGGUGGUGCCGGGGAUGAUACCGCUGGGCUGCGAGCCGCAGCUGCUCACGCUCUACAGAGGCAGCGUCGACGCCGCCGGGUAUGACCGGGGGUCCGGCUGCAUCAGGAGUCUCAACGGCCUCGCCGAGCUGCACAACCGCGAGCUGCGCCGCGUGCUCGGGGGCCUCCGGCGAGCGCACCCCGGCACGACCAUCGUCUACGCGGACCUCUACCGUGCGGUCACCGACAUCAUCGUGUCGCCGCGCGAAUACGGUUUCGGGCACAGGCCGCUGGACGCGUGCUGUGGUGGUGGCGGCGGCGCGUACAACUACGACGACGCUGCGUUCUGCGGCGCGGCGCGGGCGGCGGCGUGCGCGGACCCGUCUGAGUACGUCUCCUGGGAUGGGGUGCACUACACGGACGCCGCCAACAGGCUCAUCGCCUGCAGCGUGCUCGACGGGUCUCACUCCCACGGCGCCGACGCCAUGACGCUGUCCAACUCAUCGGCCACAAUGGAGGAUUGGCUUCACAGGAUCGGCUGCGUCGUCUAGCCAGCUACUCCCUUUGUUAUCUAUCAUCAUCGUUAGUGUGUGUACUAUAAGUUUCUAUUUAUUUUGAGCUUUGAUUCUGGAUUCUGCAUAUGAAAGACAAAGCUCAAAUAACCAGAAACUUUAGGGUAACUCUAAAAGUCUUAUUAUAUUCUUUCCUAUUGAUGGGAAUAUGGAUUUUGAUAAAAAGAUCCAAUCAAAUAAUUUCUUCAACUAGAUCUCUAAACAUUUCCAGCUCUA